AUGGAAGACAACAAUAUCCAAAAGGAAAAUGAUCUUUCAAUGACAAGCCUAUAUAUGAAUGUCGGGACUACAGAAGGUUAUUAUGGUUCAACAGUUGGAUCUCCUAUUAAAUUAGACAAGCAUCAUCUAAACAGAACAAGUCAAUUAUGAUCCCGUCUCCGAGCUAUCGUAAAAACCGCUUCACAUCUGCAUGGACUAAGCAAAGAUAUUCAUCUUUAUGGGACACAGCCCACUUAUUGUACAAUGGUCCAAGAAACUCUUCACAAGCCAAGCUCCGGCUACCUUUUCCAGCCAGAUUCAAUUUUUUGCAAAAUUUGGGCUUAUAUCCUUUGGCCGUUUUUAAUUUGAACUGCUGUAGGCUUGCCAUUCACAGUGAGUUUCCAAAGAAAUGACCCUUGGGAGCUUGAAAUUUUUAUUGAUUUUUUGGUCUUUUUGAACAUGCUAAUUAUGAUAAAUUCAGUGCAUGUAAAUAGCAGCUACAAAAUGAUUACGAAUAGAAAAGAUAUAGUUAUUAUGUAUAUUAAAGGCUGAUUUAUUUUCGAUAUAAUUGCAGUUACUCCUGUAGAAUUAUGAGCCUGAGUUGUUAAUGAUAAAGACGACUCCUGAUACGAUUUGUUAAAGUAUUUAAAAUUAUUUAGGCUAUUUUUAUUAUAUCGAUAUUCAGUAACCUACCAAAGUGCGAAUUUUUUUAGUAGAUGAUUAAAAGAAACUACCCGUCGAGGCCGGAACGCUGUACUUGCCCGUGCCUUGGCGCAACGAAGUGGAUCAAUCCAGAGGUCAUGGCCUAACACGCGGAAAAAUAUGGUGGCAGCUCUGGAAACGGCUACCCUGUAGUAGACGUAAACGUUAUAAAUUUAAUAAGAUAUGAUUAAAAGAAACUAAAGCUUCCAAAAAGAAAUCAUGAAUGGAAAUUUUAAGCUCGUUUUUCAGUAUUUUUAAGGUCCUUGCAACAUAUUUUAUAGUUGUACACACAAUUGGGUGUUUUUGGUUUCUUUUAGGAAGGUUACAGUAUUUAGAUUAUGAUUCAUGAAUUAACAGAUACUCAAUGCAAAGCCAAAGUGUCUUAUCAAAAUAUAUAGCUUCUAUAUAUUUUGUAUUUGCAACACUUACUACUAUUGGAUAUGGGGAUAUUGUCGCAUUAACAAAAAUUGAAAAAAUUUUUGCUAUAUUUUUGAUGGCUUUUGGAGGCAGUUUUUAUUCAUAUACAAUUAGUAAUUGGAUGUCAAAAUUUGCAUCAAUCGACAAAAGACGUGCACUAAUUGAUUCCAGGCUUAAUAGCUUAAAGGAUUUAUAUCUUUUUAAUAAUAUUAUCUAUUUUUUAAAUAUUUUGACUUUUUAUUAAUAUUUAUAGAAAAAUAUCAUAGCAACUGAUAUAAACUUGCCUGAUGAGACGAAAAAGAAAAUCAAGCGUACAAUCCUAGAGAAUUUUAAAGAAAAUUUAUCAGGCGACAUGAAUGAAAAAACCAUGCUGCACGAGCUCCCUUCAUCACUUAAAGCAGAAGUCACUCUUUAUUUAUAUCGACGAGUUAUCAGUAAAAUCUAUUUUUUCAAAUUGCGAGACCCUUUAUUCCUCUCCACAAUCGUCCCAAGGCUUAAAAGCAUGACCUGCGACAAGUCAGAAUUUUUAUAUAGAGAAGGAGAAAUUGCUGACGAAAUGUAUUUUUUAAAAAAAGGAAGGGUCCUAUUUCGAGCUUCUAAUGGAGUCGCAUUCCGAACCAUGGUAGAUGGUUCUUACUUUGGUGAGCACGAGCUCAUCACUAAUUCCCUACGGCUCUUUUCUAUUGAAGUUUCUAUGAGAUCAAGCUUCCUCGUCCUUUCCAAAAAAGAUUUUAGCUCAAUUAUGUCAGAAUUCCCUGACAUAUAUGAAGAAGUCAGAGAAAUCGAUAAAAUCCGCUCAGCUAAAUUUUCUGAAUCAAUUGCACACAGUCUUAAUUUAAUUCCGAAUACAAAAACUCCGGACUCAGAAGCGUCAGCAAGUGAGUCAAUUUCUGACUCAUCGUCAAGCUCUAGCUCUGAAGAAGAAGCCAAAAACCAUCAUUACUUGAGGGCUGAUACAGGAAUUAUGGUGUCAAGUCUGCAGUUUUCAGCAGACAAAUUUAAAAAUCUCAGCUUGUGGUCACAUGUGCUGUCUAGUAAUCAUAAUAAAGGACCGAGACGGUCUACUACAGUUUUCGCUGGAGAUGAUGAUGGGGUGAAAAUGAUGAAAAGAAGGAAAAGGUCAAUUUUGUCGUCGGCGCCUCCAGUGAAUAUAGUUGAAAGACAGCCUUUGAGGCAUAGAAGUGCUACAAUUGAUUGGAGAGCGCUGUCGAAUACGGAUUUUCCAGAAAUAAGACCUUUUGAGUAUACAAGCCAAAGGACUAAAAUACCUAUAACCUAUAGGACUCAAACGACUAAAAUUUCUUCAUCAGAUAAAUGAAUUUAUGAUGAGGAUACUUUGACUGAUUUGCUAGGAGGAGAAGAUUCAUUAGUAGAAGAAAAUGAUGGGAGGGAUAGCAAUAUUUUGGUGAAAAUAAGCAAUUCUGAGAAGAAAAUAAAUCAAGAUCAUAAGAUCAUUAGUGAUUCGAUUGUUGGAUUUGGAAACCAACAAGAAAAUACACUUACUUCCUUCGUAAUUAGCGCAUUCAUAAUUAUUUGUGGGGCGCGUAUGAACAAAAUUUUCAAAUAUAAAUUUUAUAUGAAUAGGUCUAAAUUUAGUUAUUGAGGCUUUUUAUUAUUGAAAAUCAUCUUGAUAUUAAGAAUAUUUUCAUCAUCUAUUCAAAAUAAAUUUACUAUUUGAAUUUUAAGCGAAACCUCCCAUGAAUAAGUAAGAAUUUGAUUAUAAAUAGGGAGUUAGAAGUUUAUACUAUAUUGAGGAGUUAAUAAAGCAGUAG